AUGGCUCGUGCACGCAGUCCAGAGGCCGCACGCGUGCUGGAAGCUACUGUGAAGGGACAGCGAGGUGAGGUCAUAGGGGUGAGUCGGGGGGUAGGAGGGACAGCGGAGGGUCGAGGGGUAGCACGGAUUGGCCAUCGAACGCUGACAGGGCGGGCAGAAGUUGAGAAGGCAUUAUUUGCCCAUUUGAAUAGUAUUCCAGAGUACCAUUCGAUCAAUCCUAAGUAUGUAUCCCAAUCUUCAACACGCGGCCUGCGAGAUGUUGUCGGUUUCAAUCCCUCCCUCCUGAAAGCUGCCAUCCACGCAACUAUGCUGCUGUACGCCUCAACUCCCUCCACAGCCACAACUUCUACCAUUGACAUGCCUGAUCUGGUCAACAGUUGCUAUAGGGUGCGCGUGUCUUUCAUCUGCAACUUCCUCGAUAGCCCGUACGAGCGGGCCACUGCCAUCCUCGGACAGCCACAAGUCUGGAUCGGAUGCCGCCCUCGCCAGAACAACCGAAACGCGCCUUGCCACGUCCGAACCUUGAAGCGCAUCUAUCCAGUAGAGAACCAAAUCUUCACGUGCUCAGCUUAUUGGAAAGGAGAUCUGAGACCACUCGCCAUUACGCGACGCGCUCGAAGAUCAAAUACUGCGACGGCCCCGAUGGCCGCUCUCGCCGAAGCCAUUUACAAUGACACUACCGAACACUUUCUACGUCGAAGAAGGAAGGAUCAUAAGUGCAUCAUCCCACCUCCAUCGAAUUCACGACUUGCAAGUGCCACUGGCAUCUCACCGCCCUCAGAAUACAGCAACCUUAUCGCUCACGCGGGGAAGUCCUACAAGCGUGUGCAAGCAAUGGUCGGCGCUGGUGAAGGCCAACAUCAAACUUGGAGAGGCCCUCUUCACAGCAGUGUCGACUACAUUGAAGCAGCCCAGGACUUCCCGGAUGAUAUAACAUUCGCUCUCGACACGGAGGGUGAUUCUAUUGAUGAGAACGAAAACGAGAAUCUUGAAUCAGGCAACCUCAACGUAUAUUCGAGAGGUCGCGGCAUCGUCCGAGCGCACAACACGAACCCAAUCCUCUUCAUGUGCAACGACAGACAUGAGGUCAGCCCGGCGACGAAACUCGGUCCUGUGUUAUGA